ACGUUUUGUAACAAGAGAAAGCGGAAGUGGGUCAAACACUGUUCAAAGUGUUUCAGUUCACUUCAACCACAAGCAAUUCACCUGUAAUCUUGGUAUUAUUUUACCUUCUUUGUUCGUAAAUCAAGCACUUUUGGACGAAGCCAUGUAUCGAGCACACCACCCCAAUGAUCCAGGAAUGCAUAUCAACAGUGAUUCAGACAGCCAUACCAGAUUAACCUACAAGGAUAAUCCAGGCUUUUUAGACAGAUUACAAAGCAGCUGUGGUGCUACAGUCUUUGGUAUUUUAUUGGUUAUCUUUGCAUUUCCUGUUUUGUACUGGAAUGAGGGUAGAGCAGUGGAAACAGCAAUGGCACUUGAUGAAGGGCUGAGAGCAGUCGUUUCAUUACCAUCAAUCACUGAAAUCCAAAGACAAUAUCAAGACAAAUUGGUUCACUUGACAGGACCCUUGAAGACUGGCAUGGUUUUAAAUGAUGGAGAAUAUGGUGUUGCUCUUAAAGCAGUCAAACUCAAAAGAGAAGUUGAGAUGUUUCAAUGGGUAGAGCAUCAGUCGACUAAGGAGUUUGACGAAGGUGGAAAAACAAGGGUAGAGACAACCUACACGUACAAUCAAGAGUGGCAAUCCAGUAUCCAAAAUAGUAAUCAAUUUGACGAUCCAUCUAGACAUCGCAACCCUGCAUCAAUGCCUGUAUCAGCAUAUGUCAAGGUUGCUGACUUGGUGUAUGUUGGGGAAUUCAAGCUUUCUAAAGGUCUUGUCGACAAAAUUGAGAACUAUCAACGCUUUAUCCCAAGAGAAGUUCCGUCUGGAAAGACCGUGGUGUUGCAGGAUGGAAUAUUCUAUCACUCUAACGAUCCCUUGCAUCCUAGGGUUGGUGACGUGCGAGUUACCUUUUCUUACGCUGGUUUAAGCGGCAAGCCAGGCUCAAAUCUCGGUGAACCACAAACAGUCAGUAUUGUAGCCCGACAGUAUGGAUCGCAGCUUACCCAUUAUCAUACAAGUUCAGGACAUUCAUUGGAGCUUCUUUAUAUUGGAGAGAUGAGCGCCAAGGAAAUCUUUGAGGCUGAGCACGCCGCUAAUACAGCGAUGACUUGGAUCUUGCGUGGAGUUGGUUGGCUGAUGUUGUUCUUUGGUUUUCUGUUGUCCACAAGUAUUCUCAGCACUUUAGUUUCUUGGUUACCCAUCGUGCGUGAACUGGUCGGUCUUGGCAUCACUCUCAUUUGCUUUUGCUUAGCCUCGUCAUUAUCUUUGGUUACCAUAGCGAUAGGAUGGAUCUCCCAUAGGCCUUUGCUGGGUAUCGCUCUUCUGGCAGCAGCCGCUGUCCCGAUGUUACUGUCCAGACUUAACAAAAACAAGAAGAAGGAAUCGAAGAGCUUUGAAUGAACGACUGCCUUAGUAUUUAAAUGUUUAAGGUUUCAUAGAUAAAUAUAGAUAAGAUUUGUUUUAGUUUUUAUUUGCAGUGUUUAUUAGCACUAUAAUGGGAAGUCACCAUCACUGUAAGAACGGAUAGCUAGAACGAGAAUGCAUAUCAAUGCAAGUUUUUAGUUUUCGUUAUUUUUUUCUUAGCAAACUCAAAACAAACUUCAAGUCCUGUUAGCGACCAAAAGCUUUUUGUCGCUUUUUCACAAAAGAAUAUCUCCACAGUGAACUUUUAGAUAAUUCUUGUUAAGUAAAAGCGCUUACGUUAAAAAAGGUUCAUUAAUUCUACCGCCAACACUGAUGAAUAGAGAAAAAAGAUAAAGCGCUUUUUAAAAGUUUUUGCGACCUGGGCAAUUCUAGACAAUACUCUUUAUUAAAGUCAAUCCAGUUUACAAUGAUAUUUUGAUUGGCAGAGGUCAAAAGCCUAACCUCUUCUAGAAGUUGUGGACCCUAGCAACAGUUUUAAUCUUCAGAAUGUAUAUGAAAAGACGUAUUUUAAGAGAUGUAACUAAUACAGACUGUACUAAGACGGUAGGAUAAUACAUAUGAUAAUAGCUAUGUGGAAUGAGGGUAAUAAUCUGUGAUGUGUUAAAAAAAUAUAAAUAGAUUAAAAUAAAAAUAGACGSUCAUAAGCACAUAUGGCUACUGCAAGGUUAGUGAGUUAAAUGAAUGUAAAUUUGUUGAGGAGCAUGACUAGUAAAGAUUAUAGUAUACCUUCCUUAAUUUA